UUAUCCUUUUCAAACAAAAUGGCGGGUCUUGAUACGGACGAAAGUGUUAGCAAGUUGGAAGAAAUGUUCCAGAAGACGGAAGAUGACAUUGAACGUGUCACCCAUCAACUGGAGACCGACUUUGCUCUGGAGAAGUCUGAAGGACAAGAGCAGGCAACAGCACUGGAUAAAGAUGUUCCUCAAGAAGUCUUGGUGCAGAGGUUAGGUGAGGUGAAGAAGGAGUACUCGUCUCUGGUGAGGGAAACUGAGGAGGUCAGGAAGAUGCAGGAAGAGAUGUCACUGUUCUUCCAGUCCAAACUCAUGGAGGCCUGUCAGAUGCUUCAGCAGCUGCAGACAGCUGCAACAGGCCCGGAAAAGGAUGACAGAACAGAGGAACAGGAAAAUGUACAGGAAGGAGAGAUUGAGAGAAGAAAAGAAGAAGGAGAAGAAGAGGAGGAGGGUGCGGUAGGAGGUGUACCUUUACAGGUAGCCAAAACAGAUACAGGCUGUGAUGACCAGCCUCCUCCCUGAGUGUAUGGUCAUCACAUGAACAGUUUUAAUGCUGAACCAGAUGCAGAGAUAUGAUGCUGUAUUCACAAAGCUCCAUCACAACUUAGCCGUUGUAGCUUCAGUACACUCUCUUGGUCUCUUUAACAAAAUGACUGGAUCCACACA